GGUUAUCUAUCUCUUGCGAGUGGUGGUAUUAAUUUAUUUUGUAUUAAUUCUGUGUGAAAUAUUAAAAUGAGUAAGAAGUUAAACAAUCUAAAAUGGCAGUCUGUAGCUUUAGAAGGGUUUCCGGUAUCCAUGUCCGACAAAUUCCAAGGAUUUGUGGGCUUAGAAGAGUGCACCAGCUAUGGUUUGGAUAAAGAACUAAAAUCGCGUAAAAAGAAAAAACAGACAAAAAAGAGGAGAAAUGAGGAUACAGUUAUAUCAGAUGUAGCUCCUAAAAGGGUGAAAAAAGAUACAAAGAAAGAGACAGCACCGAAAGCACCUGUAAAACUUAGCAAUGGAUUCAUCGUAGAAUCAUGCAAUGUGACUAAACCUUCUACAACUAACGAGGUACAGCCAGAAAAAAAUAAAACAAAGAAGAAGAGAAAGAAAAAUAAGAAAAACAAAAAGAAAACACCAGAAAACCCAGAAGAAAAAUCAAAAGAAGUGAAAAAUAAAUCUCCUAAGAAAAAUAUUAGUAACAAUAAAAAAUCAAAGCCCAAAUUAGGAGAGAAUAUGUCAGAAACUGUGUCAGACCUGACACCAGAAGACAUGCUGACUUGGGCAGAGUUCAAAUUGCCAGAACCAAUAAUGAAGGCCUUAACAGAACUAGGCUUUAAAAAACCAACAAAGAUUCAGGAGUUAUCAUUGCCUGCUGCUAUACAUGGGCGCAGGGAUAUUCUAGGAGCAGCUGAAACAGGCAGCGGAAAAACUCUAGCUUUCGGCCUUCCUAUACUAACUGGAAUCAUAAGACUGAAGGAAAAGGCAGAACUGAAGGGCCUAGAUGUCUAUGACAUCCCCUACAAAAAGACCUCAAUGAAAAGGAAAAAUAUAAAACCUGAACCUGUAAAGAAAAAGGGAAAAGUUAAUAAGAAGAAGCAAGAGAAAAGAACAGAACAGAAAGCUAAAGAGUCUUCUGAAGAUGGCUAUGGUUCUGAUGAAGAGAAUUCUGAUUCAGAUCAAGAAGAAAACAACAAAACAUCUGAAAUAGAUAAAAAGUCUGCACCUGUAAGUAAAUCCAAUAAUGAAGCUUCUAGAAAAGUUAAGCCAACUAAAAAUGUUAAGAAAUCUAAUGACAAUGCUAAAGAUGAUGAUGAUUAUGUAGAAGAAAUUGUAGUACCAAUAAAACGUAAAGAAACAUCUACAGAUGAAGGAAAUGACAGUGAUGACAGCUCCAACUAUAUCCAUCUGUCAGAAAUGUUUGAUUCAGACGAUUUGGCCGCCUCCAGUGAUGACGAAAACGAUAAAACUGUGUCAAAAACAGAAAACAAAGAAACAGAUAAUAGUGACACUGAAAGUGCUGAUGAGUCUAAUGCUGAAAACAGCAAUGAUGAGACUCAGAAUGAAAUUGAUGAAGAUAGUGAUGAUGAAAGUCAGAGUGAAGAUAAUGAUGAUGAAGAAGAAUCUGUGGAUGAGAGUGAAGACGAUGAUGAUGACGAAAAUGAUGAAGACACAACAGUAAACGAGAGCGAAGACGAUGAUGAUGAAAUCGAUGAAGAUACAACAAUAAAUGAUGAUGAAAAUCCUGAUGCCAAUGAUGAAAAGUCCAUUGAAAGUGGCAGUGAUGAAGAUGAUGAAGAAAUGGACGAAGGUGAUGAGAAUGAACAAGGCAUUGGCUGUGUAAAAGUCAUAGACAAUAUAGAGAUACCUGGACAUGUGGUGGUGAAGACUGGGAAGCCUCUGUACGCUUUGAUCCUGACUCCCACUAGAGAACUGGCCAUACAGAUCAGCAGACAUUUGAUAGCUGUUGCUAAAUACACAGGCAUAAGAAUAGCGACUAUCGUAGGCGGCAUGGCGGCCGUCAAACAAGAGAGGGUGCUCCGCUCAGGGCCCGAGGUGGUGGUGGCGACUCCCGGCAGGCUGUGGGAGCUGAUAUCGCAGGGUCAGCCGCAUUUGCAACAGUUGGACUGUGUUAAGUUCCUAGCCAUAGACGAGACAGACCGCAUGGUGGAGCGUAACCAUUUUGAAGAACUCGAGCCUCUGCUAGAACGACUCAACGCGGACGAAGAGCGAAGCAGAACGAGGCAGAACUUCGUGUUCUCUGCCACUCUCACUAUGGUGCAUGACCUGCCGGCGCAUAUGAGAGGAAAGAAGGUAACAAAAAGAGGCAAGAUAAUAAACAGAAAGGUCGAGAAGAUGACGCCGCAGCAGAAGAUCAAGCGGCUGGUGGCCAAGAUCGGCAUGACCGACCCCAAGGUCGUGGACAUCACCACUCAGAACUUAGGUACAGCAGAAACCUUAACGGAGAGCCGCAUAGCGUGCGCCAUAGAGCACAAAGACGCGUACCUCUACUACAUACUAAAGAGGCACCCGGGCCGGACCAUAGUGUUCUGCAACUCUAUAGGCAGCGUCAAACGACUGGCGCAAUUAUUCUCUAUGCUCAAGUGUCAUCCGCUACCGUUACAUGCUAGCAUGCCUCAAAGGCAGCGCUUGAAGAACUUGGAAAAAUUCCGCGACGACCCGCACGGCGUGUUGAUAGCUACAGACGUAGCCGCUAGGGGACUGGACAUACCUGAUGUGGACCACGUCAUACAUUAUCAGGUGCCAAGGACUGCCGAGAACUACGUCCACCGCAGCGGGCGUACCGCACGAGCCUCGAAGGAGGGGCUGACGAUCCUGAUGAUGGAGCCGUCGGAAGCCUUCCUGUACUCCAAGCUUUGCCGCACGCUCAAUAAGACGUCUGAAGUCCCCACCUUCCCGGUGCCGCCACAACAACUGGCCCCACUGAAGGACCUAGUGUCAGUAGCGCGGGACCUAGACUCGCUGACGUUGCAACGAAGACGCGCGUCGCAGGCGGCCGGAUGGCGCGAGCGAGCUGCGAGAGAAAUGGACAUGAUCAUCGAUGAUGACGACUUACCAGUAAAAGAAGUUGACCCGUCCAUAGACAAGGCUCUGCAGGCGAAAAAGAGACAGCUAGAGUCUAUGCUCACUCGCCCUCUCUUUCCAAAGGGAUUCUCGUUCAAGUACCCUACUUUGAACGAUCCUGCAGUCUUUGCUUAUCCUGAGGAAAAUGCGUUACAGGUAAUGAAAAAAGCACUAGAAUCAGGCGAACUAAAGAAAGAGAAAAGGAAAAGUAAAAACUCGUCAUUGUUGAAAUUACAAAAGAGGAAAUAAAUAUAUUUUUACACCU